AUGUCUAACAUUUUAUACACUAAAUUGCCACAAACGGAAUUUGAGUCUUCUGGGGUCUCAAAAGUGGACAAUCUAUUAACUGUUAAUCAGUUGGCACGCCAGUUGUUGCCAUUGAAAGUGACUAAUAAAGAAAUAGAUUCCGGACUUAAAAGGAUAUACUGGUUAGGUAAUUAUACACACAAGAAAAAACCAAAACCCGUAGAUAAAUGUAAACCAAAAAACCAAUUGAAACGAAUACUAGGAUUAAAUCAUCCUCCAAAAAAUGUUUUGUCAUACACUGAUGCAAUGAAGUUGAAUGAGCUCUGGAUGUCAUACAUGAAAAAAAUUGUUAACUUUGAUGAUCUCCACAAAAGAGGAUGGGAUGGUACUCCAGGAUGUAAACAUUGGGAACAAUUCAUGACUUCAUUGUACAAGUGUGAUUUUCAUGGUGCUCACAUUAAAGUGGUCAGUUCCAAAUGUUGUUCAUAUAUUUCAGUGGCAGGUGUUAUAAUUCUUGAAACAAAAAAUACUUUCCAAAUCAUCGGAGUUGAUGAUAAAUUAAAGACUGUACCCAAAGACCAGUGUAUUUUCGAACUAGAAUUUGAAGGUUAUAUCAUUCAGCUUUAUGGUAAACAUUUUGUUGUCAGAUCAAAAGAUCGUUCUAAAAAGAAAAUAAAGGAUAAUCUUAUAUUAGAACUGUGA